AUGGCCGACCAGAAUGGUUGUCGGAAGCGUGGUCGUCGACGUGUCAGCGAAGCUGUCAAAAAACAACGACAGGCAAGCAAAAAUGCUAAGAAGAUUUAUCUUGGCCAAGAGGUUUACAGAUGGAAUGCUAUAAAAGUGGAGCAUUCACUUGGUUCUGACGCAAAUGUAGCGAGGUUUCUAAUCGAUAGGUAUUAUGCUAGUAAGACUUCUAUACCCUCAACAUCAGCUGCAGGUCCCAGUACCAGUCCAAGUGUUCAAACCAUGCAGCUAAAGAAAACGUCAGAAAUGUUAGAAAAAACUGCUUUUAAAUCUAAAGGGAGUGCUGUAGCUGCGUCUUCCCCAGAAAAUGUGGCGGAUAAUUUGCAUACAAAUUAACAUAACGUACAUUUAUAUUUUUUUAAGUUGAUAAGAUUAACUGUAUAAAGUAAAACUUGUAAGUUAAUUAAAAUAUAAUUCCAAAAAUA